AUGUUUGUCAGCAGCACGCGUGCAGCGCUUCUCUUCGCAGCGCAGGCUGCUGCUUAUCCCUGGGUAGUGCAUGCACCUGGGGUCGACUCUUCGGCACUCCCUCCACGCGCUGCGAAUCUUGCGCGACGAGAUUCUCCUGGCUGUCCUUUCAAUGCAAAUCAUGAACCUGGAUUCUCCAGCACGGAUGAGUUUCCUUAUCUCGGCGCGAAGAACGGACUGCCGGGGACAGGGAAGGGUGGUAUUCAGGUACCGGCUCCUGGCGAUGUAGCGCAUGAGUACAAGGAGCCGAAUCCGCAGACUGAUAUUCGAGGGCCUUGUCCUGGUAUCGUAUGUCGUAUUGGCUAACGAGUGUUCACAGUCGCCCACGAUGGUAUUACAACAUACAACGAACUCAUGGACGCCCAGCAGAAUGUUUUCAAUGUCGGAUUCGAUCUCGCUACCAUUCUCGCCAUUGCAGGCGUUGGUCAAGGUGGCGACUUGCUUGAGACGAAGAAGCUGUCCAUCGGGUGUGAUGCCAGCUCACGCACGUCCGGUAUCAUCGGCGGUCUAUUAGGUGACGAGCUUGGCCUCAAUGGACAUAACCACUUCGAAUCCGACACUUCUUUGACACGAAACGAUUACUACCUCUCCCCAACCCGAGACAACUACAGCUUCAAUUCCACUCUAUUCACCAGCAUGAUGGCCGCCUGUGACGGCGAAUGCGACCGCUCCAAACUUUCCGUCUACCGCAAGCAACGAUAUGAGGAAUCCAAGAGAGACAAUGGACAAUUCUUCUUCGGCCCUAUCCAAAUCGCCCUCUACGCCGCCGCAGCCUUCGUCUACGACCUCUUCGGCACAGGCCCCACAGCCUCCGAAGCAACCAUAAUGUCCUUCUUCGGCGCCACCAAAUCCCCCUCCACCGGCGAAUACACAUUCACCGGCGGCGAACGCAUCCCACCAAACUGGACCAACCGCCUCACCCCCUACGGUGAACUCCAACUCAUCCCCGAAUUCACAGCAAUGUACCUCGAAAACCCCGUUCCCUUUGGAUUUAAUUCCGGUCCCAACAAUUUCUUGGGAUUGAAUUUUAGUUCGUAUAUCAAGGAUGGGAAGCUAAAUGAGGAGAGUGUGAAGGGUUUGCCUUGUGCUUUGUAUUUGGCUCUGGGGACUGUGCCGAGUGCGACGGGGGAGUUGUUGAAUUUACCCGUGAGGGUGGUGAAUGUUAUUGCGGAGAAGGUUGCGCCUUUUAUGAGGGAUUUGGGGUGUCCGAAUAAUUAUAAUGAUGGAGAUCAAAGUCCUGGGCCGCUUGCAGGUGGGGUAGAGGGAGGUGAUGGUGGUGGUGGUGGGUUGUUGGGGUUGGGAGGGCUUUGA